AUGGCACGGUGGUCACCUGGGGGGUCGCACGUCUUCUGGGACCAGGCGACAGCAGGUACCGAUGAGGUCCUCCAGGACCUCGUGGCGGUCCAGCAGACCGCGUCGCCACUCUUAGCCUUCGCAGGGCUCAAGAGGGAUGGGAGCAUCGUCUCCUGGGGUCAUGAAGACUGCGUUCCAAGCCCCGAGGAGCAGGCACAGCUGGCAGUUCCAGGUGCCUUCCGUUGCAUCCAAUCCACCGACCGCCACUUCUGCGCCCUGCGCGCGGACGGGCGCGGCGUGUUCUUCUGGGGCCACCACGCACCGGAGAACGAGCCCAUGGAUUUGGGAGAUCGGAGCAUCAAAGAGAUCCAAGCCAACGGGAGGGCCUUUGCUGCCCUUUUGUCGGACGGCAGCGUGAAGGUCUGGGGCGAAGACUCCUGCGGUGGACAUCUGCCAUGCGACAUCGAGCGUCAGUUGAAGAAGGCGGAGGCCCCGGUGGUCGCGAUCCAAGCGAAUGACCGGGCCUUUGCGGCCAUCUUGAAAAAUGGAGAGGUUGUCACCUGGGGUGACGUUGACCACGGUGGCUGUACGUUGAACGAAAUGGCUAAAGAUGCGGCCGAGCCUCCUCCGGGCGCGGCCGUGGCUGUGGCCGCCACGCGCGGCGCCUUCGCCGUGCUGCGCAGCGAUGGAGGGGUGCAGUGCCGGGGCCGGGCACGGACCUGGCGCAAGAACAAGUGGUCAAGAGAGAUGCGCAAGGAGGGACGAGCGAAGUCCAAGAAAGCUUGCACCAAAGGUGGAGGCCUUGACGACGAAGUGAGCGACAUAGAGGAUUGCAACCCAUAUGGAGACAAAACGGAUUUGUUGAAGAAGGUUCCCAAAGCAUAUGCUGGAGGCAAGAAUGAGAGAAAUGAUUCGACAGCAUGCAACAAAAGUCAGAUCAAGGAGUGCAAAGGAGAUGUCAAAGAAUGCCCUGUCGGCAAGAAUGGGACAAAUGACUCAACAGACUGCGGCGACAGCAAGCAAAAGGCGUCGACAGGAGGUUCCAAAGAAUGCGUCGUCCACAAGACGACUGGUACGAAAGACUCAGCGGAAUGCGACAACAGUAAGCAGAAGGACUCAAAAGGAGGUUCCAAAGAUUGUGCUGUCGACAAGAAUGGAGACUACACGGACGACACAAAUCCCCACAUAGGGAGUCUGAAGCCGACGUGCGGCGGGAAGCCGUGCGCCAUUCCGAUGCAAGGUUCUCGGAACCGCGAGCCGGAAGUAGAGACGAGGAAGAAGGUUUGCAAGAAGGACAAAGAUAAAGGCAAAGGUUCUUGUUCGCCAGUACUCUAUUCCGACUCCGACGCGGAGGAAGACGGGCCGCUGGACAUGGCCGAGCUCGCUUGCUCCGUCACCGGCUCCGUCGUGGCGCUGCAAGCGACGCACGAGGCCUUCGCCGCCUUGCGUGAUGAUGGCUCUGUGGUUUGCUGGGGUUUGAAGGCAUAUGGUGGAGACUGCAGCGAGGUGGAGUUGAAAGACGUGAAGGCCAUCCAGGCCACCUCCAGGGCCUUUGCGGCCUUGCGCAAGGACGGCUCCGUGGUGGUGUGGGGCCACAAACGCACCGGCGGAGAGCUCCGCGAAGACGUGAGAAAGCAGCUGCAGAAUGUCAAAGAGAUUCAAGCCAAUGACGAGGCUUUUGCGGCGCUCUUGGGGGAUGGAACAGUGAUCACCUGGGGCGAUGAGGAGUAUGGAGGCGAUUCCAGCUCGGUGCAGCCGCUGCGGAACGUCCACGCGCUGGCGGCGGUGGACGGUGGCUUCGUGGCGCUGGCAGCGGAGGAUCAGAUUGUGACCUGGGGCGACUGUCAGCUGGGUCCGAAGAGCGAAAAGGAGGUGGAUCAGGAAGAGGGCGAAGAAGAGCCUGUAGAAGAGGAUGAGCUAAUGGAGGAAUCCGAGGAAGCCGACGAGGAAGAUCAGCAAGACCCGAAGGUGCCUAUCAUGCAGCAGACAAGCGAACCACCUGCCCCCAAGCAGCCGGCAGCCCCACAUGAGGAGGCGCCGAAGCGGCUCCGCUUGCGACUGGGCGGGCGGUCCUCCGCGGCCUCGUAG